AUGAAAUUUAAAGACUUGAUGAACGACGAGAAAUUCAACGAAAUUCAACAGCUUGCUGAAUGUAAAAUUCAACCAUCUGGCGAUUAUGAAUCUUUGCUUAAUUUUGCUAUUGAGAAUAAAUAUCAAUUUGGUAAACUAAAGAAUAAUGACAAUAUUCCUUUAUACAAAACAGAUGAGAAAGAAGGAGAAUUUAGUGAAUGA